AUUAAGUACACAAACAUUUACUUAAUCUAUUUCAGAGUUGAAAUGUAUACGGGUGGUGUAGGUUGAGAUGAGUAGUAUAUGGGAGGGUUUACCCUCCGUAGAAAGAAAACCCAUCUUCUCUCUUCCCUACCUUGUUAGAACUGUUAUAUCCCUGCCUGCUCAACUUGUUCUCUUAACGGAGGAUGGAAAGAUAGUUCUGUGGAGGGAUGGAGAGGUUUCCGCACUUGAAACCGAACCCGAGCUUGAACCUGUUCUCAGUGUACGCUUGGAGACUCCACCAGUCUCUGCAGACGGGUCUAAUGAGGAGGAUAAAGAGGAGAAAAAUGAACCUGAGCACAAACUAAUAUGCCUAGUGGAGACCGGUCUUGUUUACAGGGUAUCGUUGAGUAGUCUGGAUUUGGAGGAGGUUGAAUAUCCCGGAGAUGGAUUACUGAACCUGGUUGGGAACGAGAAACAUGAAUUCUUCUCCGACAGCUCCGGACAUGUCUGGAGCAAAGGUUCAGUACCUUAUAGUGGGCUGGUUCAUCAAACUCAACUAUUUGAAAAGGUUCCGUUCUUCUCCGGUAAGAAACUGCUCCAGGUGGAGAUUGGUACUGAUUUCAGUAUCUGUAUAGUCAAAUCUGAUGAUUCUCUUCUCUCCCCUGAUAUCCCGGACCCUGAUACAUCUCUGUCUGAACCUGACGGACCUAGUUGUCCCCUUGGACUCAGUCUUAACCUCAGCAUCAAUACAGAUUACAAUAGAAAUAUUACGGAACCUAAAAAUACUGAGACACGGAGACGAUUACGAAGCGCUGUGUUAACUGAAGUUCCAAUCCUAGACAAUAGCAGUGAAAGCAAUGCUAUUAAUAUUAGCCAACUUACAGACUCUUCAUUUAACAGUAGUGAGAGCAGUAUUAUGCACCCUUUGUCAGAAAACCAGGUUGAGGAUCUGGGAUUACCAACCCGGCCCGGAGAUGUGGUUCUAGAGGAGAAGUCUCAAAGUGAACCUCCGUCCGUGAGAUCGUCAGAUAUCCCCUCAAUGAAAGAUUUUGUUAUCCUCAAUGAACCGUUCUCUAAAACCUUAAACUUUAAAACUUCCAUUAGACGCUCUACAUCUUCUCACGGGACUGGAUUAGAACGAAUUUUAAGUUUGCAAGAUCAAAGCUUAAAAGAUCUUUCUGAGAAGGGAGUUGAACUGCGGAGAAGUGAAGUUUGGGUUUGGGGAAAUGGAUCUCGUGGUCAGCUAGGACAAGGAGAUAUGUUGAGUAGACCCAGUCCUGUGGUUGUCCCUGCAUUGAGUUCUCAUCAUAUUCUCAAGGUUUCUGCUGGAUCUCAGCAUGCUCUCGCUCUCACGGCUUCGGGAACCGUCUUCGCAUGGGGAAGUAACAACAGGGGUCAAAGCAAUCCUUUGGAUUCAUUAGCCGUGGUUCUGUAUCCUGCUAAACUACAAUUACCGAGGUCGGAAACUGUUCGAGAUAUCCUAGCAGAGAACAAUAUGAGCAUGUUAGUGUGUGACAGCGGGAACAUUUAUUAUACAAAACCCAGUUCUAAUUCCAACGCUAGAUUUCAUUGUAUUGAGUUCUCUAGUUUAAAUCUACCCCCGGAUAUUCGUCCUUACUCUCUGCUCACCAGUGAUCGUUACUCAGUACUUAACUGUAAGCCUAUGUCUAAGUAUACUUGUAAACUUAUUGUUCGGGAGAAGGUUCUCCUGGAUCAGAUCGAAAGCGUAUCCUACGCUCUCUCCACCUUGUGCCCCGGUACUCCUGGUUCUAAGAACCGAGAAGAUUCAAUCCCGUUCCUGGAUGUACAAAAGAGCGUGGAUAAAGCAAAACAUUUCUUGUCAUAUUGUGUGAACCGUUCUCAAAUUCAUUUAAGUUUGUAUGAAUUCGGUUCGACUGGUCUCUACAAGUACCUGGAUCCCUGGUUGGAGUGCUGCAGGGAGAUAUGCUGGACCGUCGGUAAUUGUGUUUCUGCAGAUUCUCUUCUCCUUGACUCACAUCAGUCCCAACACCAACAUAUCAUUGUAGAUAUUCUUAUCUCAAAGUUUGGUUACAAUCAAAAGUCUAUAAAAGGACAGUGUGAACUCGAACAACUUCUAGUCGAGCUGCACAAGCUCUCAGAGAAUUAUAUUAAAGUAUUAAUGGAGCUACAUACCAAAAUAGAGGAUGGAAAAGAGUUGAUGAAAAAGAUAGAAGGGCUAAUGGGACUCCAGCAAUCCUUGUUGAAGAUGAGACAAGAAGCUGAAGAUACCAGGGAGUUCUGGAAAACCUCCGGAGCUAAACUAGAUGAGUUAAGAAUCUCCACCCGGAGACUGGUGUUGGAUAAUCGAACCCAACCCUUGUUGCUAAGCGGUGUGAUGUCUAAGCACUGGUUAGUCCUGCUAACUGACGUAUUUGUGGAUGUAGGAUACAGUGUAACAGUUCAUCCUUUAUCCACGGUCUGGUUGGAUACUCCUCCUGUUACAGGUUCCGGUAAUAAGUUCGAGAUAGUUCUUAUCAUGCCGGAGGAGAUCAAAACCUUGGUCGCAUUCAGUGCUCAGAGUCGGGCAGUUUGGGUGAAAGGAUUUCUCCAGACUAUAGUCGGCACUGUGAGAAAUAUAACCGGGUCCAGUCUACCCCCGGUCACGAGGAAUGUUACAUAUGAGUUUACGAGGGGAGAAUACAAGGGAGCAGUUUACAAGGGUUCGAUGACUCAGGCAAAGUUGCAUGGUAAAGGAUCUUUACGAUUACCGGAUGGAUCCUGUUACUGCGGUGAAUGGAGUAAUGGAAUCCAACACGGGGCUGGAACCUUAACCCUUGCAGAUGGAUCUAUUAAGGAAGGUACUUGGAGACAUGGAAAAUUGACCGGAAACGGCAAGUUGAAGCUUGCUGAUGGAUCUUUAUACGAGGGUAGUCUAGUAGACGGCCUUCCACACGGACAUGGUGUGCGCAAAGAAGGAAAGUUUAUGGGCCGGGGAGCGUCGGUUUAUAUUGGAGAAUGGGAGAAGGGUUUACGUCAUGGUUACGGAGUACUGGAUGAUAUCAUGGUUGGAGAGAAGUAUAUGGGUAUGUGGUCUGGUGGAUAUAGGACCGGGAAGGGUUGUGUGGUAAAUAGUGACGGUAUUUACUACGAAGGGAAUUUCCUGCAUAAUAAACUCACCGGAGACGGAACAAUGAUAUUUGAAGAUGGAGCAGUUUACGACGGAGAAUUCUACGGAGCCGGACAGUUUAACGGGAAAGGAAUUCUUACAACCAGUACGGAUAGGUUCGAGGGAGUGUUCCACGGAAACUACUCAGACGGAAUGAAAUUCAACGGAACUGUUUAUAAGAACCAGGAGCCAAGAACACCCAUGAUCGGACAAAAUUGGGAUAAACUUCAGAUAAACACAGUGAACAGUGGCAAGAAAUGGGGUUCGAUCUUCUCCAAGUUUGAAGGCUUGUUAGGCUCCGAGAACCCGUGGGAACAGGUCGCCAUACUGGUAAACCAGGGAAAGGUUAAGGCCAGGGAGGAGGGAAACUGUAGUAUUCAGGAUCUGGAUUAUCUAGAAACUAUUCCAGAUUUUGGACAGACGAAUAAGCUUAACUGGAGCGAAUACACCGAGAUUCUAAACUAUCUGAGUAGAGCCGGAACUUGUGAUUUUCAUCCGUUCUGUCGAAUCGUUCAAAAACUUGUUCAAUGCUUCAACAUGAGCUAUGGAGGGGUUAGAUCUCAUCCCACCCUGUUACCCCACGCUAAGGACGAACUAGAAAGUAUCUCUAAACGUUUGUAUGGUUCUGUUAGAAAACUAUUCCCGUCCCUCCCGUCCUUGGAUUCCCAUGCCUGGAUACUAGAUCCUACCCUAGAGGAAAACGAAGCAAUGAUGAUAACUUCAAACUCUCUUCUCUUUCCUCUCCUUCUCCCCUCUAUAUAUCCAACCUUAUUCCAUUUAUAUAUUCAGCGAGAGGAGAAACGAGAUAAAGAAUACUGGGUGAGGAUACUCCGAUGGAACAAACAUUCCGACACUGCUCUUCUAACCUUCCUAGACGUAGAUAUCAGCUACUGGGAUCUACCCGCUGACCGGCGCAGUAGAGAUGAACUCUUCCUGGAGGCUGUAGACUCUCUGCAGCAGAUCAAGAUGAAGUUUACGCCCAAAGACAAGUUAGAGGUCAUCCUUGAUAUGUUCAAGGCAAUAACUGGACAAGCUGGGACUGGAAACCAUACUUGGAGUAUGGACUCUUUAUUACCGGUUUGUAUGUAUGUUGUUGUCCGAGCCCGGGUACUACAGCUGGGAGCUGAACUAGCAAUGCUCUCAGACUUCAUUGAAAAUUAUCUUUUCCAGGGAGAGAAGGGAAUAAUGUUUACUACGCUUCAGGCAGCAUAUGUUCAGAUACUAAGAGAAAAUGUUUUUCUUAAUUGAAUCAUAUUUCUGGAAUUUUCUGUCUUUAAUUUUAAACCAUUUAUUUUGUUGGUUGUUGAUGCUUUUAAAGAUCACUUUUAUUUUACAUUUUACUCUAAAUAACGAGCUUCAUUUUUAAUCUAGUAUUAACACUUUUACAUUCUUACAGUUCUUACAUUCCAAACUACAUUGAUUAUUGAUUGAUAGAUUGUUGAUAAUAUAAUUAUAAUUUAUAUAUUUUGAUAAUUAGCUUUAUAUUUUAUAUAUGUAUAAAUAUUUAAGGGAAUAAAUAAGCUAUUUCAAUCCCUUUAAGCUGACGAUGAAAUGACCCGGGGUUGAUAUUAUUAAAUUGAUAUUUUAAUGAGAUUGUGACCUGGCGCAUACUUGUCGUCAGCGUUCUCCCGAACUGACUUUUUUUACCGUUUCUUAAUAUUUCAGAGAGAAUGAACCGUGGAUUUCUAGCAGCUCGCUCCCUCUUGAAGGUCCCACAGAGGGGUAAGGCUCUGGCUAACUGGGCCAGGCCAAGCAUUGAUGAACUAGGAGUUCCUACCGAGUCAUGGAAACAGGUUCACGACAAGAACCAGUCCAAGUUCAUGCUCCACCUCCUGGCCGGAGUCAUUGCCAUCGCUGGAACUGUCACCGCCUUCUCCAGCAUGAUCUUCAUGAACCCAACCCCCAAGCAUCUCAUGAAAAACUAAAUCCAACCUGUAUUUUGUAGUUCAAGUAGUAACAAAAAUAAAUAUUAAUUCCUAACUUGUGUAUUGUGUAGUCUUGUAAAUAGAUUUGUUUCAGA